CCGGCUGCGGAUCUGCCACGCCACGCGGCACCAGAGGCCGCCUUCCGCGCCGGUUCGUCUUUCUGCGGAGCCUGCGGCCGCUGGCAUUGUUUCGCAUCUCAACAUCAGACCCUUGCCCUCUCCCAGAGCGUGCCGUGCCGCCGGCCAGAGGCUCAAGGAAAUUCUUGGCCGUGGCGCGACGAUGGCUCCCUUGGAGGCCCAGAAUGGGUGAAAACGUGAGUCCUCCCCCUUGCCUCCUGCACGCACGUCCCUCUUCCUCCAGGAUUCCCCGGCCCGCGGGAGGUCGCUCGACCACGUAUUUGCUGCGCCUCCGCGCGGCACCGUCGCCAGCCGCAGCGCCCGGCUCAGGGCGUUCUCGUUCGCGCGCGGCCCGCCAAGCUUCUUGGCUCCAUGGUGCUGUCACAGGCGGGCAUGCUGCGAUCACAAGAAGAUUUCGCUAGGAAGGAUCCUUUGCCGGUUGACGCUUACUUUUCGGAAACAUACUGGGAAGCUCGGGACAAGUUUCGCUGGGCGGCCAACGUUGUGGGCGCGGAAGUGACAACGCUGACAGUGAAGGAUCCUGACUACACCAUAGACAUUGCUGUGGUACAGGGGGGUGGAGCCAAAGGGCUUCUGGUGCACUCAUCAGGAGUUCAUGGUUGUGAGGGCUACGCUGGCUCUGCAAUCCAGACGUCAAUUUUGCAUGACAUGUAUUGCACGGGGUCGAAGCCAGAAGUCACUUGUGUUUUUGUGCACGCAGUCAACCCUUACGGAAUGGCUCACUUCCGCCGCUUCAAUGAAAACAACGUCGAUCUAAAUCGUAACGCUCUUUCUCCGACCGAGUGGCAGGAAGUUCUCGCGCGGGACCCAAACCUCGCAGGCUACGAGGACUUCACAGACUUGCUCGUUGCCUCCGCGAAGCCGACACCAUGGUUUGUGUAUGUCGGAUUCUGGCUGAGAGCUGCAUGUCUUCUGUUGCGUUACGGAAGUACGAGCCUAAAGCGUGCUAUGGUGAGCGCAACAUACUCGAAGCCAGCCGGAAUAUUUUUCGGAGGUGUCGAGUUGCAGCCGAGUCAUCGGCUAUUGGCCGAUUUCUUCAAGAGAAAGUUUGCAGGAGUGAAAGGUCGGAGUGUAACAUGGGUUGAUGUUCACACGGGCCUUGGCCCGAAGGGUGUGGAUGUGUUGAUGUGCGUCCCAUCCGACAGAGAGACAGCCAAGCAAUGUUUCUGUGGUGCAGAUGUCCAAUGCAUUGGAGAAGGAGGUCAAAUUGCUGGGAGUCAAGCUGAUGGGUAUGAACAUGUCCGUGGAACCAUGAAAACGUUUUAUGGCCAGCUUUUCGAUGGCUCAGAGGGAGACUCUUUCAUCAUGACGCAGGAGUUUGGCACGAAACCGGGUGUCUUUGUCGCUUGGAGCAUGAUUGUCGAGAACCGGGGCUUUCAUUACGACUUUGAGAACCAUGUUUACUGGAGCAAGUUCACGCGCGAUGCGUUCUACAUCAGGGAGCCAUCAUGGAAAGCAAGCGUCAUGAAGCGUGGUAAGAUCGUUUUCCAGCAGCAGGCAAGCCUCGGGCUUCAGAGGGCGAACCCUUAGAAUCGACUGCACGUGGGAGUGACCCUUCGCUGGAAUGACCUUUGGUGCGGGCCCACUGGGGCCCCCCGAUCGCCGACCGCGAUGCGGUUCUAGCGUCUCGCGCGCCUGUGUCUUGUGGCCCCCCCGCGGCCUCCCAAGAAGCCGUGCACCGAGGGGGCGCACUUGCGUGCAGCCGUCUUAGAGAGGCAUCAGAAGAAAGCACGGGCCGCGUCUCGGCAGGCCCGCGGCCCGGAACA